AAAAGGAACCAGCUUCCCCAAAAAGAAACUCCGAUAUUAACACUACAUUAAGUAUACGUAAUCAUCUUCCUCACACGUUGCUUUCUUUCUCUGCAGAUUUUUCUAAUCGCCCCUUCAAUCUCGCCCGUUUGGUCUCAAUUCUCAAAGAAUACCUCGGAUUUUUUCUUUCACUCCCCACAAAUUUCGCUGUCUGCAAGUGGAGCGUCCACUAUCCCCAGUAAAUCUCGAUUGAGAAAUUCCGUGCCCAUGUCACUCUCCAACCUUGCUUCGAAUUGAGAAAAAAACUUCGAGGUUGAUUGAAAUGAUGGGUAUCAAAAACUUGCUUACGCUCAAAGCCCAUGUUGAUCUCGAUACUGCUUUUUCUAAAUGAAUUUGUGCACGGAGAACAUGACGAGCGUUAUGGGUUCUGUAUGGGUUCUUUUCUGCAACUAUGUGUUCUAUGUUUUUGGUUUAAUGAUCAGAUUCAUAUUCAGAUCUCCGGCAAAUGAUUCGAAAAACGACUAUGGUUGCUGUAUCAUUCCUUUCCAACACAAUCAAACAGGUUCAAGGAAUUCGGAUAUUGAUGGGUUCAGAGAAGAAGAAGAAGAAGAAGAGGUUGAUUUUAGCUUACAGAAGAGUAGAAGUGGCAAUAAAAGCUUCGGAGAAAGAGACAAUUUUAGGUCCGCUACGGCUGCCAGCGUUAGUAAGUAUGAGUUUUCGCCUGGGAAAGGUAUUGGUGGAUUCUUGGAAGGACCAAAAGCCAUGAGUUUCAGCGUCCAAGAACUGUAUACUGGUUCAAAUGAUUAUACUGUUUGCAACGAUCAAAUUCUCCGUUCUGGGAUUUUUGCCGAUAAGGAUUGUCAAACACUUAAUUCAGAAGAGGCUGUUGGUCAACCAAAAACAGAGCACUCUGUUGAAAGCUUUGGUAUCGGAAAGGCUUUAGAGAAAGCAGAACAGAACACAUUCACUGAAGAUAGAAAGUCAGAGUUUUUGACUGGGAAAGGUAUUGGUGGAUUCUUGGAAGGACCAAAAGCCGUGAAUUUCAGCGUCCAAGAAUUGUAUGCGGGUUCAAAUGAUCAUACUUUUUGCAACGAUCAAAUUCUCCGUACGGGUAUUUUGUCCGACAAGGAUUGUGAAACGCUUAAUUCAGAAGAAGGGGCUGUUGGUGAACUAAAAACAGAGGAAUCUGUUGAAAGCUUUGGUAUUGGAAAGGCCUUAGAGAAAGCAGAACAGAACACAUUCGCUGAAGAUGGGAUUUCCGAGAAGGGAGAGAUGGUUGGCUCAGAAGCAAAUUUUCCGGGUAAGGAUGGUUCUGUGGAUGAGGCUGAAUCAGUUUCAGAAGAUUGCUCACUACGGUUUUGUUCCGAACCGGAGUCAAUUUGUUCAAUUGGAGAGUUGUCGGAUAGUGAUCACAUAAUUGAUUCAAUAAUUACCCACGAGUUUUUGGCUGAUAAAAAAGUCGAUGAAGAAUUGGAAUCUGAAGCCCUUUUGCGCAACGAUGGUGAAGAAGUACAAGAUAUACAAGAAAUUCCAAGUUGUGAGAAUGUUGAUGAACUUUCGGACUCUGAAAGUCUUUUGGGUCCUGAAGAAACUGUCGCCAGAGAUCAGUCGGAUGAUUCUGAUGAAGAAUAUAUAGAAUUAGAACCCCAUUUGCAGAAUUCAAGCAGCUGGGAAGCGAAAGCUUUGUCUGGCAAAGUUGAGAACAAACAUCUAGCAGAAGAUUUAGUCCAAGAAGAGUCAAAAACUGAAGUUAUUUUGGAAGAAUUUGAAGGAACUGACUUGCAGAAGAAACCAUCCGAAUCAAGUUCUGAUUACCAAGAUGACUUGGAUUUCCUAUGGGAGCACCGGGAUGUAAUAGAACAGCUGAAAAUGGAACUGAGAAAUGUGAGAGCUGGGGUACUUCCUACUAUUUUAGAAGAAGAAGAAGAGCCAGAGUCUCCGGCAAUGGUUCAAGGCCUAAAGCCACUGAAGAUUGAUGAAAAGUUCGAGUUCAAAGAUCGAAUGGAAGAGGUCCAAAAGGUUUACAAAGGCUACGCAGAAAAAAUGCGAAAACUGGAUAUGUUGAACAGCCAGACCAUGCAUGCAAUUGGAUUUCUCCAGCUGAAAGACCCAGUUAAAUCAAAUUCAAAGCAAAAACCUUCAGCUUCAGCUGCCAAGUCUGUUCCACACAACAUAUGGUCACGUAAAGCACGAAGGGUGAUGGCUGAUCCAAUGCAGAAAUUCGUUGGAGAAUUGCAAAGGGACUUGGAAUUGGUUUAUGUAGGACAAGUUUGCCUUUCUUGGGAAAUACUCCAUUGGCAGUAUGUGAAAGCCCAAAAACUGCAGGAAUACGAUUCUCAAGGUUUUCAUUGGUACAAUCAAGUUGCCGGUGAAUUUCAACUGUUUCAAGUUCUGGUGCAAAGAUUUGUGGAAAACGAAGCAUUUCAAGGCCCCAGAGUGCAAAACUAUGUCAAUAAUCGAUGUGUUCUUCGUAACCUUCUUCAAGUUCCUGCCAUUAGAGAUGAUUGCUUGAAGGAUAAGAAGGUAAGAAGGGGUGAGGAGGAAGAUGCCAUUUCAAGUUGCAUGAUAGCAAAAGUCAUUGAGGAAUCAAUGCGGGUGUUUUGGGGAUUUAUUCGUGCUGAUAAAGAUGAAGGGAAUCGUAUGAGUCUCCAAAAUGAUGCAGACUUGGGGUUCCUGAUGGAGAUUCGAGCUGAUCUUCAGAAGAAGGAGAAAAAGCUUAGGGACAUAUUGAGAAGCGGAAAUUGCAUAGUAAAGAAGUUUCAAAAGCCUCACAACGAUCAACUGCUGGAUCAUUUACUACUGUUUGCUCAAGUUGAACUGAAACUGGUUUCAAGAGUGCUAAAUAUGUCAAGAUUAACGACGGACCAAUUGGUCUGGUGUCGUGAAAAAUUAGACCAGAUUAACUUUAUUCACAGAAAGAUUCACGUGGAACCCUCUUUUCUUCUCUUUCCAUGUUGACAUGUGGCAAGCUGUACUGCCGCGACAUUUCUUUUGAGCUGUACAGAAACUUCUUGGUUUCAGAUUUAUAGCGACAGCCGACAGACAAAGAAAGUAGCAUUGGACUAGACUUGCUUGAUAUAUAAUUUAUACAAGUACAACCAUGUAUACACACUAGUGUUUUUGCUGAUUCACUAGGCAAGGUUUAUACACAAUACUCGGAUUUUUUUUC